GCGGUCUCUACGUCGGAGCCCCGAUAGUAAGUGUUUCCGGCCAUUCAUACGCCCGACCUCGGCUGUUGGUGGUCGGAUUUUGUGUACUAUCGGGCCGAAAGGGUGACAGCACCGCUAGGAUGAAGCUCGUGAGAUUUUUGAUGAAAUUGAGUCACGAAACUGUAACCAUUGAAUUAAAGAAUGGAACACAGGUCCAUGGAACAAUCACAGGUGUAGAUGUCAGUAUGAAUACGCAUCUUAAAGCAGUGAAAAUGACCCUGAAGAACAGAGAGCCGGUACAACUGGAGACACUGAGUAUCCGAGAAAAUAACAUCCGGUAUUUCAUUCUGCCGGACAGCUUACCUCUGGACACCCUGCUCGUGGAUGUGGAACCGAAGGUGAAGUCCAAGAAAAGGGAAGCUGUUGCAGGAAGAGGCCGAGGCCGAGGAAGAGGACGUGGCCGAGGCCGAGGCAGAGGAAGAGGGGGUCCUAGACGAUAAUGUCUCUCAAGACUACUAUUUCAAAGUAGAGGAAGACGGGGUCC